CACUUAACAGAUCCACUCCACUCAUUUUUCUCUUCAGAAAAAGAGCAGGCCUCCAAGACAUGAAACCAAAACAAAACAUAACAAGAUACAACAAGACAAGGCAACCCUACCAAAGGAGUCCCAACACAUAAGCUGAGAGCCACUGAUUUAAAGGUUUCUUUAGGAUCAAGAAAGAAUCAAAAAGAUGAAGAGUGGUCAGUGAGCCAGCGACAGAAGCAAGCAGAUGUCAACAAAUGAAGAUUUGUUUAGAGGAUGCUGCUAUUGCUGUUGCUUAUAGAGUCUGCUGAAUACCACACUGUAUGUGCUAUCUCCAGAGGAAAGAAACAAUGAUGUAUUCAGUCUACAAACAGAGGAAUCCACAACCAACUAGACCCAGAUGACUUUAUGACCACAGCCUGAUUUAAACUGUUCGAAAGGAUGAACAAUGUCACAGAAUUCAUCCUCCUGGGCUUGACUCAAGACCCAGAUUUGCAGAAACUCUUAUUUAUUGUGUGCUUAAUAAUCUAUUUGAUCACACUGGCAGGUAACAUGCUCAUCUCAAUCACCAUCUUCAUCAGCCCAGUCCUUGCUACUACCCCCAUGUACUUUUUUCUGUCCUACUUGUCCAUCAUAGAUGGUUUCUACUCUUCUUCCAUAGCACCCAAAAUGAUCUAUGACUUGAUCUCUGAGCAGAGGAGCAUAUCCUUCAAUGGCUGCAUGACUCAGCUUUUUGCUGAACACUUUUUUGCUGCUGAUGAAAUCAUCUUGCUGAUUGCUAUGGCCUAUGAUCGCUACGUAGCCAUCUGCAAGCCUUUGUACUACAUGACCAUCAUGAGCAAACAUGUCUGUAUAUUCUUAGUGAUGGCUGCUGUAAUCUUGGGAUUCAUCCAUGGAGGAAUACAGACUUUAUUUAUGGCCCAGUUACCAUUCUGUGGCCCCAAUACCAUCAACCACUUUAUGUGUGAUUUAAUACCACUCCUGGAGUUGGCUUGCACUGACACUCACACUCUGGGGCCGCUGAUUGCUGCAAACAGUGGGUCACUGUGUUUACUUACUUUCUGUAUGCUGGUUGCUUCCUAUAUAGUCAUCCUUCACUCCCUGAGGAAUCAUAGUUCAGAAGGGCGUCGCAAAGCCCUGUCUACCUGUGCAUCUCAUGUCACUGUUGUUGUCUUAUUCUUUGUACCUUGUUCAUACCUGUACCUAAGGCCCAUGACCUCCUUACCCACGGACAAAGCUGUGACUGUGUUUUGCACUCUGGUGACACCUAUGUUGAACCCUUUAAUCUAUACCCUCAGAAAUGAGGAGGUCAAAAAGGUUAUGAAGAAGCUCUGGGGUCAAAUGUGGAAAGCUGGUGAUGCAUAAACCUGGUGAUUUGUAUUUUUAAAAACAAUGUUUAGUGCUGUUUCAUGA